AAGAAUCAGGGGGUCAAUUGGAAAAUACGAAAUUUUCAGGAAAAACAACAGUGCUUACUAGUGAAGUGUACCUAGUGCGUUCGAGAAAUAACAAAAAAAUGGCUUCAGAAUCAUCGUCGGCGGUGUCUCCGAUAACAGCGGAAGAGUUGACGCUGACGGUGAAAUGGAGCGGUAAAGAGCACACCGUUAGAGUCUGCGGCGAUGACACCGUCGGAGAGUUGAAACGACGCAUAUGUGAAGUCACAAAUGUUUUGCCUAAACGUCAGAAGCUUCUGUACCCAAAAGUUGGUGCAAAACUCGCUGAUGAUUCUAUUCUUCUCUCUGAGAUUCCUCUCAAAUCCUCUUUCAAAAUGACUAUGAUCGGGACAGUUGAAGAUGAUAUAAUUAUGGAUCAAGUGGAAUCUCCAGAUAUCAUUGAUGAUUUUGAGAUUGAGCAAGACGAAGCUGUAGAUGUUAAGGAUAAAGAAAUCAACAAAGAGAAGUUGAGAAGGCGCAUUGCGCAGCAUAAGAUUGUGCUCCGUAAUCCUUGCCGUGAAGGUAAAAAGCUGCUUGUUCUGGAUAUUGAUUAUACUUUGUUUGAUCACCGGUCAACUGCAGAGAACCCACGCGAACUCAUGAGGCCUUAUCUUCAUGAGUUUCUCUCGGCUGCUUAUGCAGCAUAUGACAUCAUGAUAUGGUCGGCAACCAGCAUGAAGUGGGUUGAGUUGAAAAUGGGACAACUUGGUGUACUCGAUAAUCCGAACUACAAAAUUACAGCUAUGCUGGACCAUAUGGCCAUGAUAACAGUUCAAUCGGAUCAUUAUGGAAUUUUCGAUUGCAAGCCAUUGGGCCUAAUUUGGGAUCAUUUCCCGGAGUUUUACAGUCCCAAAAACACUAUAAUGUUUGAUGACCUGCGAAGGAACUUUGUGAUGAACCCUCAAAAUGGGUUGGUUAUAAAGCCAUUCAGGAAGGCACACACGAAUCGGAGCAGUGAUGACGAGCUCAUGAAGCUUACUCAAUAUUUAUUUGCCAUUGCAGAUCUUGAUGACUUGAGUGUUCUUGAUCAUAAAAACUGGGAAUCCUACAAUGGAGUCAGUUUCAAGAGACACAGACAUGCCUAAGCGUCUGCAACUCCUCCCGAAGUCGAUGGGAAAACUGAUUUGUCUUUAGACAAUACAAAAGAGAAAUGUAUCCAUUCUGUUCCAGUACUAAUUGAUAACUGAAUAUUUCUGAUGUAUACUUCUAAUUAAUAGGCAGAAGGGACUAUGUUUUGCUGAAGUCAUUUUGUAUUUGGAUGAUUAUGGAUUUUCGUGUUACAUUUACUUAUUCGACCAGUCAUGGCUGUUAACAUUA